UUUUAAACAGUUCAUAGGUAGCAUUUCCCCCGAAAAGUUACUUUAGCUUUAAUUGAAAAUGCGCUUUUUAUUAGUUUUGGCUUUUGCCAGUGUAGCCUUGGCCGGCACCAUUUUACCCAGUCAGGGUAGAAUUGGUAGUCCCAUGAGCAAUAAGAUUGAUGCCUACGUUUUGGAUGUAGUCGAAAAUAAUGAUGGUGAAUUAGAGGUUGUGAUUGAUAAUGAAGAUGGUACCAUGGAGGUGGCUCCUCAAUUCAUUUUGUCUUGGCAGGUGCGUCGUUUUAUCCGUAAAAUGCAAAAGCAAAUGCCUUGUGGCUGGCCUCAGUAUGGCAUUCCCCCAUUGGCUCCCUUGAAAGUUCGUGAAGCUGAAGUGUCUCUCAAGAAGGGUAUUUUGGAAACCAUCGAUAAAGUUUUCCGUUUCCGCGUUGACGGUUUGGAUGAUUUCAAAAUCAAUCGUUUCAAACUCAACAUGUUCACCUCCAAAGUCAAAUUCGAUUUCCUCUUCCGCAACGUUAAGGCCUCUGCUGCUAAAUACGAAACCGAUACCAUUCUCGAUGCCAUGCGUCAGUUGGGUUUGUCCGUCGAAUACGAAGGUGAUGGUUCUUUGGAAUUCGGCCUCAAGAAUUUGCGCAUUGCUGGUACCUUAAAAUAUAAAAUUCCCAUUUUGUGGGGCUCCAUUAAGAUUACCUCUUUGAAGACUGAAAUCACUUUGGAAAAAUGUACUUCCGAUAUUACCGGUUUUAUGGGUGAUGGUUCCAUUAAUCGCAUGAUUAAUCGUCAAAUUGAAAACUUUGUUGAAAUGGGCGUCAAUGGCAAUACUCAAGAGAUUUCCGAUUUCAUUGAAAACAACUUGGUACCCAAGGUCAAUAAGAUGUUGAAGGGUAAUGAUUUCUGGACUAUUAUCGAUUAUAUUUUCUCCAGCACUGAGGGUGAGGGUGAAGAUGAUCCUAUUGUUACUACCUGUGUGCCACCAGCUGAUCCAUGGGCUUAAGUUUAAGAUGGAAUUUGUAUAAGGAUUUUUGCGAUUUAAAAUAAAUACUAUAAAUAUUAUUUUUAUAAAAUUUAAAAA